AUGGCACCCAGGGACAACCAGGAGCUAGUGCCGCUUACCGACGGUAGCGGCCGCCCAAACGACGAUGAUGAACUGGAAAGCCAAAGACCGCAGAAGAGAUCGACCGCUACGUGUCAAGACGACAACGGUAGUGGUGGCGGCGGCAAGGGACCGAUAAACAGAACGCCGAUAAACGACAUGAAGACGUCAAUGCUCGCUUGUAAGCAGGUCAUAGGACUCGGCACGCUCUGGAGAUUUCCCUACGUGUGCCUCAAGUACGGUGGUGGUACUUUUUUAAUACCAUACAUGGUUAUUAUGUGCUUAGUGGGUUAUCCAUUACUUGUUAUGGAAAUUGGAAUCGGUCAAAAAUUGAGACAUAAUAGCAUAACAAUAUGGACAACAAUUAAUCCUCAAUUAGGAGGCAUUGGCAUGGUUAUGUGCCUAGUAAAUAUCGCUAUGUCUUGCUAUUAUGGAACUAUCAUAACUUGGGGAACUAAAUACAUGGUUGACAUGAAUAAGUUUCCAGAACUGUGGCCUCCACAUGGACAACCAUCUAUUGAUCCCAAAAGAUCUCAGUCAUUUUGGCAUAAAACUGUAUUAAACGUAACAAGUUCUAUGGAUGAAACUAGUGAGAUACAAGCGGUACAAGCAUUUUCAUUGUUUUUCACGUGGUUCUUUUUAGCUAUAAUGCUGGCAGCAGCUUGGAUUACAUUUAAAAACAAGUAUAUUCAAGCAUUUAUUAAUUUUUCGAAUUCAAUAUUUCAAAGUUUACCGUUUUAUAUUCAAAUUAUAAUAUAUGCAAUCCCGCCAAUUUUAUUAGUUGUUGUAUACAUUGUAGAAUCAGGUUAUGGAUAUAUUAGCUUCUUGUAUAUCACGUCUAUAGAGUUAAAAGACUUGUUGGUUUUCCCGAUCUGGGUUGAUGCUGUUAUCCAAGUAUUUUGUUCUUUGGGAUUAGUACAUGGUUCAUGGACGUCUUUCGGUUCAUCUUCUAAACGUAAAAGCAAUUUUCUGUUGACUGCCACUGUGGUGGUAUCUUUCAGUUUCAUUUUAGUAUUUGUGUGGACUUGGUUUAUAGUUUCCACAAUAAUACCAAAUGUAUUACAGGACAUUAAAAAUUGCGUUAUCGGAUCAGCUUAUAAAUGGGAUAAUUCUAAAGAUAUGCCUGCACACGUAUUUUAUAGCAAUAAUUAUGAUGCACUAAUUGCUAGUCGAAAAUUAGACGACACAUUAAUGAGUUUUGAUGUUCAAGAAUGUAACAUGGAAAAUCAAUUCAAAUUGGCAAGUAAUGGUAUUGGCCUAAUUUUUAUAGCUCUCGGAGAGUUUACUACAACUUUUUCGUUUGAAAAAAUUACUGGCUUUAAUCAAACUAAAUUUGUCAUUAAUAUUCCACAAAUAUUACUUCUCAUGAUUAGUACAGCAUGGUUAUUACGUUUAUUGAACUGGUUUGUCUGGGCACUUACUGAAGUAAAAUGUUUGAAAAAAUUGUCUAAAUUUUGUAUUUCAAGCAUACUUUGUACAAUAUGUUGUGUCUGUGGAUUGGUAUUUACGACUAGAACGGGUGUAUAUUGGCUUUCAUUAUACAAUGAAGUUUUUAUCAACCCGUGUUUGACGGUAUUAGCUCUUUGUGAGGUUUUAAUUAUUGUAUUCAUUUAUGGAUAUAAACAAUUCUUACUUGAUAUAUAUGAUAUGACUGGACAUACAAUUGGUCGUUUAUCCAUAUUCAUUUGGAGACAUAUUACUCCAAUGUUACUGAUAUUAACAUUUUCAUCUAUCUUGACAGUUGGUAUUUUAGAUGGCUUCAGAUAUGAAGUUUGGACACAUAGGAGUAAUUUCUUAACAAAGAUGAGGUAUCCAUAUUGGGCUCAACUUAUAAUUUGGGCGAUCACAGCUGUAUGUCUUCUUUUAAUAUUGGCGUUCUGCAUGGUGGAUAGUCGACAAAAUCUGACUUUCAAAUUUUUAGAAUCUCUGAAUAAAGCAAAAAAAACUACUAGUGAACAUAUUAAGCGAUCAGACUCAGGAUUGUCUGGAAAAGGAAUCAUCACGGAAAUUGAUUUUGACGAUUGUCAUGAUUCAGAAAUUGAUGAAGAGCUAGAUACUUCAAUAGCCCAAGCUCCAGUACGUAUGUAUAAAAUUGAGGUUCUUGACUCUUGGAAAUCUGCGAGAGGUCAAGUUUAUCUUUAAUAUGGGACUUAAUACAUGUCAUGAAAUUAUACUUAUGUUAUAAUAUUUUAUAAUUUAUAUGUAUAGUAAAAUUUAUACUAUGAUUAUAUUAUUAUGUA